AUGUUACGAUCCAUUGUGGCGCUUAUUUGUUGCAUAUGGCGUAAUGAAACUAUUUUUAAAGCUGGAAUCUCAGUUUGUUUGGAGUCAUCUGGAGUUUUCGAUUAUCUGGGAGUUCUUUUAAAAACAACCUACUCUACUACUAAGUAUUUAGCUAGCAACAUGCCGGCUGAACCAAUAAUCAUUUGA